ACUAGGGGCGAGGAGAAGGCGGUGGUCCGCCAUUUCGUGGACGCCAGGGCAUCGUUAGCAUCUACGGAAGUAGAUCGCGGAGGGCGCGGGUGGGCCUCGUCGGAGUGUUGGGAUUUGAGCUGCGGUUCUCGAACCCAGUAUCUCGAAAUGCAUCGUGACUCCUGUCCAUUAGAUUGUAAGGUGUAUGUAGGUAAUCUUGGAAACAAUGGGAACAAGACUGAAUUAGAACGAGCAUUUGGCUAUUAUGGACCGCUCCGAAGUGUGUGGGUUGCUCGAAACCCUCCUGGCUUUGCUUUCGUUGAAUUUGAGGAUCCCCGAGAUGCUGCUGACGCUGUCCGAGAGCUAGAUGGAAGAACACUAUGUGGCUGCCGAGUAAGAGUGGAGCUGUCCAACGGUGAGAAAAGAAGUCGGAAUCGUGGCCCCCCUCCCUCUUGGGGUCGUCGCCCUCGAGAUGAUUACCGUAGGAGGAGUCCUCCACCUCGGCGAAGAUCUCCAAGGAGGAGAAGCUUCUCUCGAAGCCGGAGCAGAUCACUUUCUAGAGAUAGGAGAAGAGAGAGGUCUCUGUCUCGUGAGAGAAACCACAAGCCGUCUCGCUCUUUCUCUAGGUCUCGUAGCCGAUCUAGGUCAAAUGAAAGGAAGUAGAAGACCAGUUUGCAAAAGAAGUGGUGUACAGGAAGUAACUUCAUUUGACAGGAGUAUGUACAGGAAAUUCAAGUUUUGUUUGAGACUUCAUAAGCUUGGUGCAUUUUUAAGAUGUUUUAGCUGUUCAUGUUCCCUUAAGCAAGAUUGAAUUUGCUUUGAACUUUAGUUUUUCAUAGACUGAAAUAAAUCUAGAUCCUGCCCAGUUAAAGUGUGAUGUACUAAUGAUAAACCACUGAUGGAAAUUGAAAAACCUAGUUUCUUUAGUAGCUGGGACACAGUCUGGAGCUGUGGGUGAAAUGAUAAGCAGUCUUUAAAAGCUGCUGUUAACACAAGUUAACAGGGGAAGGGUGGGAACUGUACUCUGAAGAUUUUCAAAGAGGUUCCUCACUGAUUGCUAUCUAUGGAGGAAGCUGUUUGUAACAUUCUUUAUUUGGAAAUGGAAGACUAAGUUACCAGUUGGUUUAAGGGUACAUUGUAGAGCUGAACCUUUGAGUUACUGUGCAAGAUUUUUUUUCAUGCUGUCAUUUGUAAUAUGUUUGUGAGAGUCCUUGGGAUUAAAGUUUUGGUUACAAAUUGUUGUUUAACUUGAAAGCCUGUUUUUCCUUACACACUCAAAUCUGUGAGCUUGGUAUCAAGUCCAAGUUUAACAUUCCUAUUGGAAGCCAUACUUAUAUUUUCUUGUAAAGUGCUUUUGGAUUAAUAAAAUACUAGCUCUAAUUGUGUAGUAGUCAGUUGAGCAAACCCACUGUUACCAUUGUUAUCCCUGGGAAAGCAUUUGGUUACCCAGUUAUUUCUUUGUAAGAAACAUAACAGAGAGGCACUGGAUUAGUGAAUUUUUCUCCCCUUUGGCUGUCACCUAACUAGGAUUUAGUUAUUUUUUAGGAGUUGAAGCCAAUUCAAGAUCAUGUCACUAACAUUGUAAAGUAGCACCAGUGUGGUAUUGUAAUUCUUUAAGUUGCCCAUAAAAAGUAGCUUUUAUCUUCAGCAUGAAAACAUUCAACAAAGUUUAAAAAUUGAUUUCAUUUGAUAACUUGAGGUCUUGCAUGGGAUUCCAAACUGAUCAUGAUGUAAAAUCUACCAUACAGCUAAAUGUAACGAUGCGCAGUUGAAUAUGGAGGCAUGCAUACCCUGUCUCUUAGAAAACUGGAGGAGUUGUGGUUUCAGAUUUUGUGUGUGUGUGUGCAAUUAGAUUAAAUCAUAAUGCAACA